CAGUAACCACUGAAACAAAGCCAAGUUCACACCAAACAUGUUCAAAUUCGCUGUUGUCAUCUUUGCCGUCAUUGCCUGCGCUGCUGCCAAGCCUGGCCUGAUUGGUGCUCCUUUGGCAUAUACAGCUCCUGCUGCUGUUGUUGCUGCCGCCCCAGCUCCAUUUGUCACAGCCACCAGUAGCCAAGUGAUUGCUCGCAACUACAAUGGUAUUGCCACUGCUCCAGUUGUUGCUCCCGUUGCCGCACCUUUAGUUGCCAAAACUAUUGCGGCUCCUGUUGCUGCCUAUACUGCUCCUUUGGCCUAUAACGCCCCCUUGGCAUACUCUGCUCCCUUGACCUAUGCUGGUGUUCAUUCUCCCCUCUUAUUGUAA